GCAGAGUAUUCUUCAGAGUGGAUCAGCAUCCUUGUGAGAGAGGCUGUAGCCUUUCCCCAGUACUUGUGCAGCAGCUGAACGUAUUGAACGGCUCAAGACGGUAUUGUCCAGGUGACAGUACAAAGCCCCACCAUCAGUGCAAGGAUACAAACACAAGUUCACAAAUACGUAAACGGGCAGAAUUCAUGAAACAGCACAAUUUGUCAUCAUUUAGAAAGAAUAUCAUAUAAUCAAAAGGGACAUUUACAGGAGUGGCGGGAACACUCGGCAGUCGUCAUGAAGCUGAUGAGUUGCCACGCCAGAAUGAUCCGCACCACGGUGUCACAGCUCCAGCGUAUGGGCCGCCUCCCCCUCCUCCGGUGUUCUCCUGCAGGGGGACAUGUACUAGGAGUGAGGGGACAGACCACAGCCCAGAAGGAGGCCAUCACGGAGAGCCUGAGUAAUCGCCUGUCUCCCAUUGAGCUGCGGGCGGCCCAGAGUCGCAUGACCUUUGACCUGCCCGCAAUGACAGCCCUGCUCGACCAUGACAAUCAUGACAUGCGCAAAAAAUUCAGGGAGUUCCUGAGUGACCCUAUAAUGCGGCCACGGUACAACAUUUCCCUGGAGGAGGAGAGGGAAGUGGCCCUGGAGAGACUGAAGAGGAUAUGUGAUGCUGGCUUCAUUUCUGUCAUGGACUUCAUACACAACCCAUUGAGGGUAUUCGCUUCACAUGAGUUGGCAUCCAUUAUUGACCCAGCUAUGGCCACUAAGAUGACUGUACAGUUCAAUCUCUUUGGUGGCACUGUUCUCAAGCUUGGCACUGAGCAGCACCACUCCAAGCUGCUGGCCGGCAUUGACACCCUUGAUGAUGUGGGCUGCUUUGGCCUCACAGAGCUUGGAUAUGGUAACAAUGCAGUGGAAAUGGAGACUACAGCUGAAUAUGACAAGGAGACAGAUGAGUUUAUCGUCAACACGCCUCACCCACUGGCACAGAAGUACUGGAUUACCAAUGGGGCGUUGCAUGCUCGCCAUGUGAUUGUGUUUGCCCAGCUGAUCGUUGGAGGCACUAACCACGGCGUUCAUGGAGUCUUGGUGCCAAUCAGAGACGAGAAGCUACAGAUCCUCCCCAAUGUUCGAGUGGAGGACAUGGGGCACAAGCUGGGGCUGAAUGGGGUGGACAACGCCAAGCUCUCUUUUAACAACGUGAGAGUGCCCAGAGAGAACUUGUUGAACAGAUACAGUGAUGUGACAGCUGAUGGGGAAUUCUCCUCGAAGAUUAAGAGUAUUCGGAAUCGCUUCCUGACUGUGGCCGACCAGCUCCUGUCAGGUCGUAUCUGCAUUGCCAGCAUGAGCAUGGGCGGCUCCAAGGCUUCCCUCACCAUUGCCCUGCGCUACGCUGCCUCCCGCCUCACUGUGGGUCCUACAGGGAAGUCCAACACAUCCAUCCUGCAGUACCAGCUCCAGCAGCGUGCCCUCCUGCCCCUCCUUGCCCGCACCUACGCCAUCAACUUUGGUCUUGACUAUGUAAAGAAGCGUUGGGCAUUCCAGGCACCAGAUGGCUCAGAACACCCAGAGGUGGUGACCAUGUGCUGUGUUAUAAAGCCCCUCGCCGGCUGGAACAUGGAAAAUGUGGUGUCUGUGUGCAGGGAGAGGUGUGGCGGGCAGGGCUACCUCUCUUGUAAUAGGUUUGGCAGUUUCAUCGCCCUGGCCCACGCAGCGUUGACAGCUGAGGGGGACAACACUGUGCUCAUGCAGAAGGUGACCAAGGAGAGGCUGGCAGUAUUUAAGCCCCUGCCUGUGGACCCCAGCCUGCCAGCCGACGCGGGGAGCAGAGCCUUCCUUCACGACCUGCUCAAGAGAAGGGAAAACGCUCUCUUCAUGACGCUGGGCAAGAAACUGCAGGCGAGCGGCAAGGAGAAGCUGUUUGACACCUGGAUGCUGAAGGAGUCUGGCCUUGUGCAGGACUCGGCAUGGGCGUAUGGGGAGCGCCUGGUGUCUGAGCAGUUUGAGGCAGUGCUGGAGCAGUGUGAGGCCAGCCUGAAGCCAAUACUCACCAAGCUGCACCACCUCUACCUGCUGGACGUGGUGGAGAAGAACCCAACUGUGUUCAUCACCAACCAACUCCUGCAGCCCGACACUCUGGCCAAGGUGGUGGAGGCAUCAAAGGAGCUGUGCAGGGAAGUGGGUCCUGAUGCACUGGCUCUGAGUGAUGCCUUUGACAUCAGCGACUCCAUGCUCUCCGCCCCCAUCGCCCAAGACUGGGUCUCCUACAAUGAGAGGGACAACCAGGGGGAGGUGUAGAGGCCAGCACUUAAUUGUUCACCCUUGUUCUCUGGUUUGUCAAUAGUAAAGUGGUAAAGUUGUGAGGGUCUGAUAGAUGGUUUUUCAGAUGGAUUCGUUAGCGAGAUGGUUUGAUCCGAGGUUUUGUAUGGUAGAUAUGGAUUACUUUAUGAGGUCUUAUGGAUUAAUUUGUGAGGUGGAUGCAUUUGUCAGGCCAUGCAGUAUUCUAUAUAGUGUGUAUCUGGUUUGUCAGUAGCAGGUGAGAAGUUAGUCUCUGAGGUUUGUAUGUGGCAAAGAUGGUUCACUCUUACUAAGCUGCACUACAUUCUCUCUGGUUUGUAUCUAGUGUUCUGUUGGCAGGUGAGAUGAAUUCCUUCCGUCAUCACUCAUAAAUUUACCGAACUUUUCUCUCAUGUCUGCACUUGCCAAACCAGCAGGCCCUAGUGAGUCUUGGUUAGUGAAGACAGUUUUUGCAUCAAGCCAAGAAGAAGUUACAAGUGCACUUUUUUAUAUACUUUUUACCUGUGGGUUAUUCAAGGAUAUUGCACAACCAUUAACCUUCAUCUACUUAUCUAUCCCCAUUACUCCUUUAUCUUAUAGAACUAUUUUCAGAUAUUAUAUACAGAUAAUCUUGACUGUUUUCCAUCACUCUAGUGGAAGUAGUGAAGGUUUCCAAGGGUAUUUUUGUGAUUUUGGUGAGUUUAACAAUUACUCUGUUUAAUUAGUAGGAAAAAUACCCUUGAAAACCUGAUUAAUCUUUGUGGCCUUUCAAAGAGUCCUGAUUGGAGAAGAAAGUUUAACAAUCAUUCUGGAUCACUAGGAAGGAAGAAGAAAGUUUAAUAAUUACUCUGUAUCACAAAGGAAUAAGUUUAAUUACUCUGCAUCACUAGGAAGAAAAAUCAGCCUUGGGAACCUUAACUAAUAAUCCCUGUGGCCUUUGAAUGAAGUGUUUAAACCUCCCUUCCCAGCCCUGCCAAUGCCUCCCAUCUCAGUACCUGUCCCUCGGUGCUCAGUUAGUACUUUGUUGGGGAAAUAUAACUUACUGCUAGAGAACUAUUUGAGGUGUUAUUUUAGCCAUGAUGUGUGGUGGCGCAUGCAUACUGUACAGACAUGCCCCAGUUAUCAAUGCAAUUAGACCUAAGUGCUCCUGAAAUUUGUGUGGUUUUAUCCAAAUAGAUAUUUUUGGAAGAA